UGGUCCACACUUGAAUUGAUUUUUUGAAAAACCAAUGUUAUAAUAAACAAAAGGUUUCUUCAGCUGAAUUUCUUGUGAUUUUGAUCAUGUCAUGUGCCGUCAUCAUAGUUUCGGAUUUCGAAAUUUAACUAUAAUAAUCAUUUAUCAAUCGAUAGGUUUAUAAUAUGUUUAUUUCUUCCUUCUAAAUUUACAUGUAGUCUCAGAUACAGACAUGGAUGCAUAGCAAAUAAACAAUGAAAAUGCAGUGUUGUGUGCCCUUCUGCAGAAACACUACAGACAAUGUGUCACCUAAUGGAAAGGCAGAGAUUACUUUUUAUGGGUUUCCCAGUCAAUCACACCUUCGUGCUGCUUGGCUCAAAGCCCUCGGAAAGCUGGACACUAACCUUCCAGACAAUGCUGUUGUCUGCUCAGUGCAUUUCCUUGAUGAUGAAGUGUUUGAACUAAGUGGAACAAGGCAAAUAUACACUGGUGCUAUUCCUUCAACAGUGCAGGUAUGCCUGAUAUGUCUAAACACCGACAGCAAGUUAUACCUAAUAAAAAAACACAAAUUGAAAGAAGCAUAUGAAAAUUUAACUGGAUAUUCCCUGCUUGACCUUGGAAACCUAAAGCAAACAGUUUGUAUAGUAUGCGCUCAGAGAUUGAAAAACUUCAAACGGUUUAAAGACCAGAGCUUGAGAACCCGUUCAUUGAUGAUAGGCUUUCUUGAAAAAAAUGAAUUAAUAACAAAGCAACAUAUAGACAGGAUAAAUGAUGCAAAAAAUCAACUGAAGUGUAGUUUUGGGCGGAAAAUGCUUGGACCUAACCACUAUGACUCACGCGUAGUAGCGCGUGAUGAUAACGAACAGAUUAUGACAGAGAAAACUAUACACAGAGAUGAUGAAAUAGUCGUAGUAAAAAAUGAGCUGGAGCUUGAUGAAAAUACCGAAAUUAUGACACAGAACACUAUUCACAGAUAUGAUGAAACAGUGGUUGUGAAGAAUGAAAAGGGGCAUGAUGAAACUAAACACAUUACGAGGGAGAAAUCAAUUUUCAGUGAUGAUCAAAUGGUCAUAGUGAAAACUGAAGUGAAUACUGACUCUAUGGUGGCUGACGAACAGUUAGAAGAUUUAUAUGCAGAAGAUAAUUUUGCAGACAAUUUCCAUGAUGAUUUUGUUGCCGCUAAAGAAAAAUCCUUAAUAUCAGAUCAUAGCAUAGUGUCAGAUGCAAAAAUACUUGAUGAUGAUCUUUGCAAAGCUCUGGAGAGGAAAUCAGCAGCCGCCACUCUUAUGGGUAAAGUACAAGCUGCCGGAACACAUGUUCCUAUGCCAGUUGAAUCGAGUGACCACCAGGUUAAAUACAAUGAAUAUAUGAAUCUGCAGAGUGAUGACAGCGAUGAUGAAUGUGGAAAUUUACAAAUAUGCUGGCCUCCGGACAGUCCCAGCUAUGAUGCUUCAAAUAUGUCAGACCAGCAAGAUCUUCAAAAGUUGGAUGGUGACCCGUUAGCCGAAUCUCCUCACGCUGUAGUAUCCCCUUGGUCGGCGAGGCUCGCGGCAAAUAACAACUACGAACUAAAUAAACAGUCAUCCGAUAGCAUUCGAAAAAUAAAUACAAUCACAAAUUGUGAUUCAGAUACUAGAACUGGACGGUUGAGUGAAACAAUUAAAUCUGUAAACGCUUUUGAUUCUGUGACAGCUAAUUUCGACGAUAGUGUAGUGUCCAUGGCACAAAAUAAGCACCAGACAUCAAAAGCUGUACAAAAAGAUUGUACGGGUGACAUAAACCAGUUAAAUAAUCCAUCGCAAAACAGUUUACGCACUACUGACAAUGAAUGGAUGUCUUUUGACGUGACUCAAGAUACGUAUAAGCGGAGAAAAGCAACAGAAAAACACAAAAAAUACGAUACAGUAAGCAAACCGUACUCGUGCAGUUUUUGCGAUUACAAAUGUAAAGAUAAAUAUUAUUUGAAAUUGCACGUACGCAUUCACACCGGUGAAAAACCUUUCUCGUGUACGUUUUGCGAUUACAAAUGUGCCAGAAGUCCCGUUCUACAAGUGCACAUGAGAAGGCACACCGGCGAAAAGCCGUAUUCAUGUAAAUUGUGCGGCAAGAAGUUUACAGAUUAUAGUAAUUUGACGAGCCACAUGAGGACCCAUUCUGGGGAAAAGCCCGUUUCUUGCACGCUGUGCGACUUUAAGUGUGUUGACAACGGCCGUUUACUGAGUCACAUGAAAACGCACACUGGCGAGAAGCCGUUCACGUGUACAUUGUGCCAUUACAGAUGUUCACAUAAAAAUCAUUUAGUUCUACACAUGAGGACUCACACUGGUGAGAAACCAUAUAAGUGCAACUGUUGCGAGUACAAAACCGCCCGAGGCAGUGAUCUGUUGAAGCACAUCAGAACGCACACUGGCACAAAGCCUUAAAUAUUAUGCGAUUAUAAAUAAAUGUGCAAACGCAAAUUUGUUUAGCGCACAUGAAAUAAACCUAUUUUGUGGAAGUACGUAGUGAUCUAUUGAUGCACAUGAGAAUCCAAACUGUAAAAAAUCAAAUAAAAAUGUGCAGACAAAAUUUAUUUAGCGAAACCCUCUGAUUAAAACUUAUUUUGUGGAAGUCGUGAUGUGUGUAUAUAUGAGAAUUCGAGCUGGCAAAACGCCUUAUCUUGUAAGUUAUCCCAAUAUAGAUGUGCCAAAUAUAGAUGUGCCAAUAUAAAGUUAGCGAAGGUCACUGAUUAAAACCUAUUUUUUUCAAGCAGUUCUCUGUUGAUGCACAUGAGAGAAUUGGCAUCUAGUAACUAACUAAUGCGAAUAUAAAUAUGCAAACCAAAUGUGUUUAGUGAAGCUAACUGAUUAAAAAUAUUGAAGUAAAACUUCUUCACGCACGCUUGACUUGGGGAGUAGGCUGGUGAAAGCGAGAGCGUUACGAAAAGUGUAAUCGGGCGAGGCGAACGGAGGUUAAGAGGAGGAGCUAUAAGUUAGUGAAGAUAUAAAGAGAGAGUUACGUUUCGUAUAUUACAUACUUUCGUUCUUACAUAUAUAUGUAAGAACGAAAGAAUACACACUUAUAGAUAGAGCUAAAGAAGUUUUACUUCAGUCGUGAGCAAACUCUUUUUAAAGUCUAAACGCCUUAUCUUGUAAGUUAUGCGAAUAUAGGUGGCACACCUAUAUUCGCAUAACCAAAUAUUAUUUAAAUUUUUGUAUUAUUAUUAGAAUUAGCGAAGGUCACCGAUUUACCUUGAUAUUGUAGCCUAUGCGAAUAAAUGUGCGAACCAAA